UCAUGCAUGGCCUCGAACCAGCAACGGUAGAGUAGGUGACUUCCACGUGGAACUAUGACAUCUCAGAGCUGCGCUAAUGCCAACAAGCUCAAAUCAGGAAGCUCGAGAGCUGUUGGACUAAUCAGCGACUGUCACGCCAUAUAUUGCUUGUAAAUUGGUAUCAGGCAAGAGAUUGAUCUUUGGCUGAUACGGUAGAACAAAGAAGAUGCUUUCACUGCUCCUCCUUGCCGCGACGGUACCGAUGAUCGCAGGUAUCCGAGACGAAAUGCCAUCACCGGCACUGUGGAUGGAGCAUCACCGUCAUCAUGUAUACCAGAAGUAUUCCCAACCAAUUAAUCCAUCGCCACUGCUUGUUUCUCUGGAUCCGACAAGACCAUCACAUUCACGGAGAUCUCGGAUACCUUUUGGCUUGACAGACAGAAGACCCACCUCGGCUCUACUGUUGCUUCGUGGAGGUGGCUCUAUUAUUGCUCCCAAUAUCUACGACAGCGACGACGAGUACGAAUAUGACGAUGAAGAGGAUGAGAUUGACCUGGUACAAGAAGAUGAAGCAACCUCCAUGCACCAAAAACGUCGCGAUCUUCGCGACAAUCUCAACAAAGAGAGCCCCUAUGAUGACCGCGUUCCUCGAAGACCGGCUCCGUACAUUCCCAGGAAAAAGAAGAAAAAGAAAAAGAAUGCAUUUGUCGAACUGGCCAAGUCAUCACUAAACUUAUCCAAAAAGGCAGCCGUGACGACGGUCCAAACGUCUGGCAAGGCUGCCUAUUACCUGAUGCGUCCAAAAUCCAUCAGUGAACGCGAAAUCUUGGGUGUAUGGAGGUUGGAUCAACAAGUGGGCAUGAAACAAUCCACAGCCAAUAUUGAACUCACAUCACGAGCGCAAGUCAUUAUCCGUAGUGGCGAUGACGAGACCAUUAUUUGGAAAGCUCCCUUUUCUUUUGUUGCCCCGACUUGGCCACAAUCUUGUCGGGUGGAAUUUGAAGCCCGAGCCUUUCAACCUGCAGGGAGCAAGAAACCUCGGCUUUUGUUCUACAAGGGAUACCUAGAGCGCAAAAUGGCGGAUUCGUCCGUCAUCAAGAUGUCAGGGAUACUUUAUGAAAUCGAACGGCCCCAAUCCAUGUUUGGACGAAAAGACAUGCCGGUUCGCUAUCACAAGGCUGGAAGUUUUGUGGGACGACGACGAAUAGUCAUUCAAGAUGAUGACGACGAUGAGGACGAGGAAGACUUUUCCGACAACGAAGAAGAGCCACGGCGCCAAAGGAGACGGAGGGCGGACGAAGACGAAGAAGAUGAAGCCUACCAAGACGAAGAGGAUGGGGAUGAAUAUGACUUCGAUGAAUUUUGAGUGGGGACAGACUGACUGGAUGUAUGGAUCGACGAACAUUUGCAACUCAACCGGUGCAGAAUGAGAAAGUGCAUAAAAGAAGAAUCCGUAGUACAUGUAGUAGAGACCAUCUUUUCAAAGCACCACACGACAGCUUUGAAAGCUGGAGGGGCGCCAAACCACCUCACGCAACAGGGCAACCAAGGAGUAAAGUCUAUAGUAGUGGCCCGGGAUGGACUACGAGUAACCUCCGUCCCAAGCCACCCAAAGCGGAGACAACGAUUUACUGGGUAGCCAUGGCUGGCUUGCAAUUCUGUGUUCCUGCAUAUCCUCCACCUCCGGCUAACUUUGGCAUUAGAGCGGUGGCGUCUACUACUAGUACGUACCGGUAUAGCGAUUCACACUUCCAAAGUAGGC